AAAGGUGCAUUUACAUUGGUUGCGGGAGAAUCUCUGAAUCCUUUACAAAGAAAGGAUUUAGAUGUGUUCUACAGACAAGAAAUUCAUGCAAAUAUGAAGGCUUUGGGUGUAAUGAAUCUUCCCCCACUCUGGAAAGUGGUACGAUCCUCUGGGAUCGUUCUACCUGAACCAUGUGUCCCACCUAGAGAUAUAAUCGUCCAGCAGCGAGUGGAAAGCCUAACGCGGAAGUUUGCUAACAUGGACUACGGUCGCAUGACGAAACAUCUCCCCCAACUUGGAUCUACAGCCAGAUACAAAUCUGUCAUGAUGAUAAUCAACUUUGUACUCGUUGUCAUUGGUUCCUUCAUUUUUGGUUACUUUAGUUAUGCCACGCCUGUACAGAGAAUUGCAUGUGGCUUUACCUUCGCCCUUUUUGUUUUUUUUGCUGAUUUGUACUUUCUUCUCAAAAACAUGGAAGCCUGUGAACUAAAAGCAUUCCCACCGAGCAGCAAUCAUACUCUAUCACAAUCUAAUGUCAUACUAUUUUAA